ACUAUGCACUGACUUGUGUCUCACUCUUGUUCGCUCACCAAGAUCUGCGCCCAGACACACUCUCAAUUGCAUCACCAUUUCCAUUUCUGACUUGACUUCUCUUUCUUAUAAGAUGGACAGGAACCGAACCGACAGUCCCGUUUACGGGCGCCAAUGGAGCAGCGAGUCCGGUAGCAUCUCCUCUCCUGUGGUGUCUCCGGCGCGUCACCACCACGCUCGUUCUUCCUCUGUUAGUGGAAUGUCCACUAUUAAGAGGAACCAGAACUUCGCUGCUAAAGCUGCUGCUCAGCGCCUCGCUCAGGUCAUGGCUUCUCAAACUGCUGACGAUGAUGACGACGGUGACGAUGAUCUAGGUUUCCGUUACAGUGCUCCUCCGCCUCUGUCACUGUCUCUGUCAAGAAACGUUAAUUCUGGUUCAAAUGCUGCUACUGCAACCACUGGUAGUAAUAAACCGGCGGUUACGUCUUCGAGAACCACGAGAUCUCCUUCACCUGCGUCGUUAGGAAGAAACUUAGGAGAAGAAGCUACGUCGGUCAGAUCAACGUCAGCUGGACGGCCUUCAAUGUCUCUUCAUACGGCGCCGUCUCUGCCGCCUAAUAAGGCGCCACUUAGGACUGCUAUUUCUUUGCCUCCAAUUGACCCUCCUAAAAAUGUUCCAAGAGACAAAAGGUUCUCACCGGAUAUGGGACGUUUUAAUGCGAAAGCAAAUGGAGAUCAACGUGACGCUUCUGCGCUUCAUGAUGAACUUGAUAUGCUACAAGAAGAGAAUGACAAUAUCCUUAACAAGCUCAGACUUGAGGAAGAGAGAUGUGAAGAAUCGGAGGCCAGAGUUAGGGAGCUCGAGAAACAGGUUGCUGCUCUUGGAGAAGGUGUAUCCUUGGAAGCUAAACUAUUGAGCAGGAAGGAGGCUGCAUUGCGUCAGAGAGAGGCUGCACUCAAGGAUGUAAAACAAAAUAAGGGUGGGGUAAACAAAGAAAUUGUAUCUCUUCAGUCUGAACUGGAGAAUACUAAAGAUGACACUGCGACUGUUUUACGACAACUUAGUGGAGCUGAAUCUGAAGUGAAAGCCCUUCGCUCAAUGACGCAAAGAAUGAUACUGACUCAGAAAGAGAUGGAAGAAGUUGUUCUUAAGAGGUGUUGGCUUGCACGUUACUGGGGCUUAGCUGCAAAAUAUGGGAUCUGUGCGGAUGUAGCAGUUUCAAAGUAUGAAUACUGGUCAUCCUUGGCCCCACUUCCUUUUGAGGUUGUCAUUUCUGCUGGACAAAAGGCUAAAGAAGAGUGUUGGGAAAAAGGCGACGACGACAGUGAGAAGAGAGGCAAACUUGUUCUGGACUUGACCGAUCUAACUGGAGAAGGAAAUAUUGAGAGUAUGCUGUCAGUUGAAAUGGGUUUGAAGGAGCUUGCUUCCUUGAAGGUCGAAGAUGCUAUUGUGCUUGCAUUGGCCCAACAACGGCGUGCCAAUUCUACUCGACUAUCCAUCUCAGAUCUCAAAUCUCCUGGUAGUGAUCCAAAGUUUAUGGAGGCAUUUGAACUUAGCCCAGAGGAGUCGGAGGAUGUUCUUUUCAAGGAGGCAUGGCUGACAUACUUCUGGAGAAGAGCCAAAGCCCAUGGUAUAGAGGAGGACAUUGCCAAAGAACGACUUCGGUUUUGGAUCAGCCGCAGCGGACACUCACCUAGUUCACAUGAUGCUGUAGAUGUUGAACAAGGUAUGAUGGAGCUAAGGAAACUGGGGAUUGAGCAUAGACUGUGGGAAGCAUCACGCAAAGAAAUUGAUCUAGACUCUUCCACAUCGAGUGCCGGGAAACUUGCUAAAUAACUGAAGGUUUCAGCUCCUGAGAAGGUUGUUUAAUAUAUUAUUUAUUCUAGUUUUACACUUCUACCAUAUCCUCCAACUCCAACUUCAUCAGUUUAUGAUCAUCCCAAUGAUUAUUUACUGGAUGAAACGAAAAUGGGUUUGCGCCAUAACGAGUAUUGUAAUUUGUAAUAUUGUAGAGUAGGGUUUCUUCUUCCCCUUGGACACUUUCGUAUAUGGUAUAUGUUGGAUACGCAAAACGCUGGAGAAAAUUUAAGUUUUGAAUAUUCAAUAGUUAAUGUAUUUAAUGAGAGUAA